GCUCUUUGACCGCCUACUCUCCAGUUGCGGCUGCACGGUGACCUCCUAUGGCUCUGCCAUUGGCGGCCCAUGGCCGCAGGCCAUGCUGCUGAUGAAGUCUAUGGGAUCCAAACAGGUGCGUAGCAACUUGGUGAUCUACAACAGCUGCGUCAGCUGCGUGGACGCGGCCUGGAAUUGGGCCUUACAGCUGCUGGAGGAUAUGGAGGUGUCCAAUUUUCGCCGGAGCAGCGCCACGAUCGGCGCCGUCCUCCAAGCCUUGAAGAUGGUGCCAGGCCAGUGGCCUGCAGCCUUGGAAUUGAUGCCAGGUAGAUCUCUUCAAAACACCAUCAUCUACAACUCGGCUAUCACCGUGUGCGCACAAGGUCAUGAGUUUUCUGUGGCAUGGAAACUCUUCGAAGAAAUGCAAGGCCUCUCCCUGCGGUGCGACGCCAUCACCUUCACUGGGGUCAUGGUUGGCGCCCACUGGUCCUCUGCCGUGCAGCUGCUGGAGCGGGGUCGCAGUGCGAAAGCAUGCGAUCUGAAGAUGUGGAGUGCGGUGCUAAGUGCCUGCGAAGCGAUGUCUCACUGGAGCCAAGCGCUACAUGCCUUGCAGAUGGCAGAUCGAGGGGGCUUCCAAUGUGAUGACACUGCCUACAGCAUCGUGAUUAGCGCGUGCAAACGUGCGGUGUCCCAGUCCAGUGCAGGUUUGCCCGGCAAUCAGCGUGGUUGGAGGCCCUUUGAGUGGAAAGACGUCCCUGGCGAAAGAACUUGCGCAGAGGACUAUGCCUGGGUCAUCCUCAGGACUGGAGCUGUCUACAUCUCCGUCCCAGAGGCCUUGAGCACGUUGAUGCCCGAGGCUGUGCCGUGUCAACUCUCCAAGGACAUCCGCGCAGCUUUGCAAAGCGGUCAACGAGUUCCAGAUCCUUUGGUGAUCCAGGCCAUUCGUUUCCGUCUGUUGUCGCCGGAUGCGCUGCGAAGCGGCUGGGUCUUGGACGACUUUCCCUGCACCAAAGCGCAGGCCGAAGGGCUCACGGCUUUGGGUAUCGUGCCGCAUCGCGUCUUCAUGCUCUUAGCACCCGAGGCCGUGAUUUACGCGCGCGCGGCUGAGUUGAAGAGUGCCGCCGUGGAAGGUCAGGAACUUCAACAAGAACUGGCGCUGCAGCGCGAGCGUCUCCAGGGCUUCAGCGUCCAGAGCCCGGCCUUGCGUGUCUUCUAUGCCACAAUCUUUGAGAAUGUCAGGGACAUCGACGCUUCCAGGUCAAAGUGGGCCAUCUUUGAUCGCGCAAUGGAGGAGACAACCGAAAGUUUGCGCGAGCGCCUGAAGUAUUACCGCCGAACUGCAAUGAGCUUAGCCACGCGCGUAAAGGGCAUGUGCUUCACGAGUGCCCGCCUGGAGACCGUCUCCGCAUGGAAACACUACUGCCCGGUGACCCUGUCCCUGCAGAAUGAGUUGGUCUGUUGCUACGACCGCUCCAUGGCCGUGGAAUACAACAGCAAGGUGUACUGGAUGGCUUCAGAGCAGUAUGCUGAGCUCUUCACAGAAGAUCCAGAGGCCUUCUUGCAAGUGCCUCUGCCACAGCUUCCGCGACUCUUGGACGAUGGCGAACGGGCGCGGAAGGCGGAGGCGAGGGCCGAGCUCUCAAACUUCUGCCCGGUGACGCUGGUGGAAACCGGGAACUUGGUGAAGGCCAAGAGGCAGCUAGCUGGAGCCGAUGACAUCUCUGAGAGCAGUGUGCGAAAGCUCUGUGAGGAGAUCGAACGCCCGCUGGAGCGCCGUUCGCUCUGCGCGCCGCUCUGCAGCGCCACCUGCGGUGGCACGGCGAAGGGCAUCGACGCCCUGCCGUUGUCGUGGGCGAGACCUGAGCAAGAGGCAGGGGAGAGCAGUAGAGACCUGGAUGGCAUCCGUUGA